AUGCAAAUUUUUAUAUUAUUUCUUUGUGUUAUUCCGUGUUGCCUUGCAGAAGUUUGGAAUAUUCAUGUAUAUACGGGCAAUGAACGUUUCGCUGGAACGGAUAGUAAUAUUUAUAUUCGUUUAUUUAAUUCAAAAGAUGAAAGUACUGGUGAAUAUCAAUUAACUCAUUCGAAUUGGGUACCGGAUAGUAAUGAUUUUCUAUUACGAAAUUUAUUUGAAACGGGCGCACAAGAACGAUUUCGUAUUCGAACAGAAGAUAUUGGAUCUGUUGCCAAGAUUCAUAUUCGACACAAUAAUUUUCCAUUUCUGCAAGCCGAUUGGUUACUUGAUCAAGUUAUUGUUGAACAUAAUCGAGAUGGUACUAAAUAUAUAUUUAAAUGUAAUUGUUGGCUUAGAAGAGGACGGCCAUAUGCAACACUUUCUGCUUUGCCAGACCCACGUUCUAUGAUUAAAAAUAAAACAGAUGAUUCAUCAUCAACAAAAAGUCGAACUCUUGUAAUUAUUCUUGUUAUUUUAAUCACCAUAGUAACAGGUAUUUUUUGUGGUUAUAAUGAAUAUCGUCGUCGACAACGAGAUCCUCUCAUAUUUUUAAAUGAUCCAAUCGAACAAAUUCAUCAAGAACCAUCACUUCUUGAUACAUAUUACUCUCAAUCACCAAGACCAUCAUCUCCAUCAUCAGAAUCUCAAUUUUGGGUUAAUACUAUACGUCGAUGGAAAAAUUUUCGACAAGGUUUACCUCCAUAUAAUCAUGCACAAACAACUCAAUCAACAGCUGCUCCUCCAAUAACAUCAUUAAUAGUUUCUUCAGAUGAACCACCUGCCUACGAAGAUUUAUAUCCAAAUUCAACUGCACAUAUAAAUACUAGUUCAAAUUCAAAUUGA